GGGGACAGGUUUUCUUGCUGGACUUAUUCACACGCUACAUCCCAUUUCAUUUGGCUCCAACAUGCCGACUGACACUAAGCGUGUUCGCGGCCCAGAAGUCUCCCAGAACCCGUCUCUGUUUCUGAGCCAACCGGCGGCCGUCCCCCCGCCGCAGGGCCCCCGAGCGGACGGCCGGCAGCGGGACCAGGUGGACGUCCGGCCGGUGUUUGUGCGCUGCGGGCUGGUGAGCCAGGCUAAAGGCUCCGCGUACAUCGAAGCUGGAAACACCAAGUUGAUGUGCUGCGUUUACGGUCCCAGGGAAACGGAGCGGAGAGACGAGACUGAUAUGAAAUGCGGAAGGUUGACUACUGACAUGCGCUUCGCUCCAUUUUCCUGCUUGGAGAGGGGCUCCUGGAUUCAGGGCAGCCAGGACAAGGACUUCUCCCUGAUGCUGCAUGAGAGUCUGCAGCCAGCAGUGUGCCUCCACAAAUACCCCCGCUCCCAGAUCGAGGUCAACGUGAUGGUUCUGGAGAACAGUGGGUCGGUUCUGGCCCAUGCAGUCACAUGUGCUUCUCUCGCCCUGGCGGACGCAGGGAUUGAAAUGUAUGAUCUGGUGCUCGGUUGCUCCAUACGCCAGGACGGCCCCUCUUUUGUAGUCGACCCUUCUUAUGUGGAGGAAACCAGCUGCAGCUCGGCCAGCAGUGACAACCAGGGCAAUCUGACUGUUGCGUUUCUCCCCAGCCUGAACCAGAUAUCUGGGCUGCAGUCAGAUGGAGAAAUGGCUGAGGAGACUCUGACCGCCGGGGUUCGGACCUGCAUCGAGGGAUGCUAUAAACUGUACCCGGUCAUCCAACAAGCCCUGGCCAAGGCGGUGCGCAGGGCUGCACCCCCACCAUCCGAGAGCUGAAAAAACUUUUUUCAUAUUACAAUGUCCAAUCCAUAAUUGGACCACAUAUCCUAUGUUUCUGUGUUUACUAUUCCGGUCUUUACAUUCAAAUUGAAUCUUUAAAUGUGUUUUCUUAUUAAAUAAUUAAACAAUGGUCUUGUA